AUGAUGAACCAGGAGAUUAUGUGCGAAGUAGAGAUAAACUCACAUGGAUCAAUGGUAGAAAUUGAUAACGAUGAUCAAGUGGGUGUCAAGUAUGAAGAAAUAGAAACAAGUCAAUAUGAAGAGUAUAUCACUGAUGAUCAGUAUGAGGAAGUUGAGGAACAAGUCAUUGGGAUGCAGCAUUUGGAAGAAGAUUAUAAAAUUACAGUUGGUAGUGAAGAAGUUAUCCUGCCAGGGAUGGCAGGAGAUGACCCUUUGCAUAACUCCAGUGAAGUUAGCUAUGAUUCAGUGUACACACCCGCAUCUACAAGUAAUAAUAAUAAUAGAGUAAAUCGUGGGCGGCCACGCACACAACCACAAAGUAUUCAGCAUUUAAUGCCAAUAGGUGAAGUACCAAUGGGUUUAAUGGAUGGCACAAGUAAUCGAGGCACUGCAAGAAGAUGGGAACAAAAGCAGGUUCAAAUUAAGACUAUGGAAGGAGAAUUCUCUGUCACUAUGUGGGCUACUGGCGAGGAUGAUGACGACGGAUCAAAUCCAGAACCAGAUCCAGACUACACAGAAUAUAUGACUGGUAAAAAGAAUGUACUAGGAAAUGAUGCUAUGCCAGGUUUAGAUUUAUCAGACCCCAAGCAGCUGGCGGAAUUUGCUCGACCCGGACACAAAAUAAGACUGAAGAAACCGUCUCCUGAAUCCUCAGAUAGAACUAUAGCUUGUCCACAUAAAGGCUGUGCGAAAAUGUUCAGAGACAAUUCGGCGAUGAGAAAACAUUUACAUACACACGGACCAAGAGUACAUGUUUGUGCAGAAUGUGGGAAAGCUUUUGUAGAAAGCUCGAAACUAAAACGUCAUCAAUUGGUUCACACUGGUGAGAAGCCGUUUCAAUGCACUUUUGAGGGAUGUGGCAAGAGAUUCUCACUAGAUUUUAAUUUAAGAACCCAUGUCCGCAUUCACACUGGUGAUCGACCAUACGUGUGUCCAUUCGACGGGUGUAAUAAAAAGUUCGCGCAAAGUACAAACCUCAAGUCGCAUAUAUUGACCCAUGCCAAAGCAAAAUCAAGAAACUCUUUAUCUCGCAACAGUGGGCCUGCGUAUGAUUCAGCCCGGACAACACCUCAAUUCGUCCAGUUGGAAAUGUCGCCGGACGAUUCUAACCCUCAACUAAUAUUCUACACACAUGAAUGA